AUGGCGGAGAAGAAGAGAUGGAUUGCGAUGUAUACGAAGCAUAUCAAGCAGAAGAGGAAGGUUUAUCACGAUGGUUUUCUCGAUUUGCAAAUCGCCAGAAGAAAGGUGAUGCUUUAUGAUGAGGCUGAUAAUAUGCUUGAAAGUAGGAUGCUAAAGGCAGACGAAGUUGUGAGCUCAGGCGAAACACUCACAUUUCAAGCAUAUCUUGUGGAUAUAUGCGAUCCUAAGGAAGGAAAUAAGCCUUCAUCUGAUCCUCCAAAGGUCCAACCAAGUUAUCAAGGGUGUGGCCGCAAAUCGUUUGUAGUGCUCAGGCCGAAUUUCAAGAAAAGUUCUCUCCAUGGUGAAGAUAGAAAAUCCAACUUUGUGAAUAAUCCGUCAAAAAGUCUCAGCCCAUCUCACAAAAUGAUUAGAGGAUUCAAAAAGAGAGAAUUGCAUAAGUAUGGGGCUCUAAGUCCAGACACUGUAAAGCCAACAACAAAAGGCACUCUACCUCUUGGCUCAGCUGGUAAAGAAAACAAUAUCAACUCUCCUUGUUAUGGAAGGUCCGGUGCAGAUUCAAGGUUAGAGAAUGAUAAGUUAAGCAAGAACGUUCCUUCUCCUCACAAGCCUUUACGUGAUGUAAAUCAGAUACUCUCCAUUCUUCAGAGACCUAAUGUUACAGAGACAUGUUCUGAUAAUGACCUACAAACAUUAAUGUCGUCAACAAAAGCACUGCCAGAAUCUGAUACCAGCCAAAGCCACAAAAUGGAAGCUGUUUCAUCGAGAGCAACAUCUACAGAUUCGCUUUGCCAACAAUAUAUGGUGCAAGAAACCUCAUUGGCCGGCGCAAGUGGUUGCUCAAUGACUGAUCACCUCCAUGACCCCCCGAGUUUUGACCUUGGAAUUUAA